CUUUGAGACCUAUGGAUGUCAGAUGAAUGUGAGUGACACUGAGAUUGCAUGGGCAAUACUUGAGAAGAGUGGGUUCCAGAAAGUUGAAGAUAUAUCUCAUGCUGAUGUUAUUCUUGCUGUUACGUGUGCCAUCCGUGAGAAUGCAGAACAGAAGAUUUGGAACAGGCUCAAGUAUUUUCAGUCUCUCAAGAACAACAGGAGGAAAGGGGAAACCCCACUUAAGAUUGGAAUACUUGGUUGUAUGGCAGAAAGGUUGAAGAAGAAGCUUUUAGAACAGAGCAAGACAGUAGACAUAGUGGCUGGACCUGAUGCUUAUAGAGACCUCCCAAGGCUUUUGACUGUUGCUGGGUCAGGCCAGGCUGCAAUCAAUGUCAUGCUGUCUAUGGAUGAGACCUAUGCUGAUGUCAUACCUGUUAGGUUGGAUAGGAAUUCAAAGUCGGCUUUCGUAUCAAUAAUGAGAGGUUGUGAUAACAUGUGUAGCUACUGCAUAGUGCCAUUCACACGUGGCCGGGAGAGAAGCCGUCCAAUCAGCUCCAUUAUAGAUGAGAUACAAGCCCUUUCAGAUCAGGGUGUGAAGGAAGUCACUGUGUUGGGUCAAAAUGUGAACAGCUACCGUGAUGUAUCUGAAGAGAACUAUUACAGCAAUGCUGACCUAGAGGGUAUUACAACCAGCGAACCAACCAGGUUGGCUCGUGGAUUCAAAUCCAUCUACAAGCCUAAGAAAGGCGGAAGACGCUUUGCCGAUCUUCUAGAGAAAGUUGCGAUGGUUGACCCUGAGAUGAGGAUCAGGUUUACUUCUCCACAUCCCAAAGAUUUCCCGGACGAAGUUCUCCAUGCAAUCAGGGAUUUCCCCAAUAUCUGUAACCAGCUUCAUUUACCAGCACAGAGUGGUAGCACCAAAGUAUUACAUAGUAUGAGAAGGGGAUAUAGCAGAGAGUCCUACCUAAAGCUGGUUGAUCAUGUACGUUCUGUCAUUCCGGGUGUGGCCCUUAGCAGUGAUUUCAUUGCUGGAUUCUGUGGAGAAACAGAGGAAGACCACAAAGACACGAUGUCAUUACUUCAUCUUGUAAAAUACAACUAUGCUUUUUUGUUUGCUUACAGUAUGCGACAGAAAACCCAUGCCUAUCAUAAGAUGAAGGAUGAUGUUCCUGAAGAGGUAAAGCAGAGACGACUUAGAGAAAUGAUAACAGUUUGCCGUGACGGGAUGUCUGAUAUCAAUGCUAUGCAAGUUGGAGCUAAACAUCUAGUGCUUAUAGAGGGGACUAGCAAGAGAUCCGAGAGAGACUUAGUGGGUCGUAAUGAUGCAAACACUAAGGUAGUCUUCCCUAAUAUACCUAUCCCAUCAUACAAUGGAUAUCACCAUGGUAACAACCAGUCUAUGAAAUCAGGGGACUACAUCGCAGUUGAGAUCACUGAAGCCAAUUCACAAGUUUUGAAGGGGACACCGCUUUAUCACACAACAUUAGUAGAUUUCUCAUCAAGGGAUCUAAGUAGUAAUCAACAAAGGAUCAACUAGGAUCAUUUCUAAAACAUAUCGUCGCUGUUCAUCCGAACUGUUGUAUCAGUCAAUAUUGGUUUAAAAAAAUUAUUUUCAGGUUUUUUUUGCUGAAAAUGAAAGUACAAUUCCUGUUCUGUUCAUAACUAAAUUUCUAGGCCAGCAAUUUAUUUUAGUUCCUGAGAUAUGUGGGGAUUUCCACAGCAAUGCCUUACAAAUUGUUGAUAAAAUGUGCAAAUCCAAUUGGAAACGUGUACUGUAGCAAAGCAAACAGCAGAUUCGCGCACUUAAUGUGCAAAUGAACAGUCAGCCAAACCGUUGCAUCGGCACUACAUUGACUUUGCACAUCAACAAGUAUUGGUAUUGCAUCUCAUUAAAGCAAUUGAGGUGUCGAUAUAUAUCAGACAAGAAAUCUGCUUUGCAAUACUAUCAAACCCAGAUAUUACCCCCAUCACCAAUUGCAAAAAAAAUUACAAAAACUGAUUUGAUUACCCUAAUUGAUGAACUUGGCAGGGUUCCAGGGAAAGGCUCGUAUAAUAGCCUCCUCCAUUGUUUGCUUGACAUUCACUGACAAUUUCUUAAAUGAUGAAAAACAAAAUCACAAAUUUUGCUACACAAUUUUUUAUUGAGAAAUUACGUACGAAUCUAUAAUUAUGAAUUUGCAGAAGCGGUUUUGCUGUAAUCAAGGUUUUUGUCACUGUAUUUUCCAAUUUUCUUAAUCAAACAAUGAUAUAAAAAAAAAGAUGCAUGCUUUUAUUUGACUAUGUGAAUACAUUUUUCAAUUGGUUUACAUUCAUAUUUAGCCAUUAUGAGAUUGUGCUAACCAUUUAUGACAAUGACAGGGUAAGAUGGAACAUUGCUAGUAAUCCAUGUCAACACAAUAUAAUGGUAUACCCCCUGUAAAGCUCUGGCUUAUUUUGAAAAUGCAAAAAACAGCCCCCCUCCCCUCAGAUUUCGGCUGUUGAUUGCGCGAACGUGGCUGAAAUUGGCACGAAUGACACCCAUGAUGGAAGCUCCACAAUUCAAUUCGUACCAAAAUUAUUAAAAUUCAUUUUUUAUUAGUUAUGGUAAUUAAUGCAUACAAUUAUGAUUUGGCUGUAAAUCUUUGAAUAUAGCAACAAAAUGAUAGAUUUUGGUCUGAACAUUCUACUUAAGAUUAUUAUCAAAACUAUAUUUAAAAAAUGCAAUUUAAUUUUUUUGUGAUGUAUUUUAUUGUUUUUUAAAUUUGUUUUGUAUUUCUUUGAUUUUUUGGACUAUGUUUAUCAAUGUUUUUCAGUGGAGAUCGUCGGCAACACUAUUUCAGUCAUAAAUAACAUGAACUCUGUUUUUUUAAACAGUAGAAUGAAAAUAUUAUGAA